AUGGCCGACACAAAGGCAAGCACAAGCAGCACCUCGGAGGGCGCCCGUGAUGCGCCGGACGCGCCCGGGUCAGCCAUUUCCCGCAACCCCCCUCGCAGGACCAGCGCGCCGAUGAUCAAUGAGGCGGCAAUCCGGGCCUUGCACGGCACGACGGAAUCGCUAUCGGCACGGCAAGGGUCAUACACAGAUCCGGUGCUCGGGACAUACGAGGAACACUCAGACUUUGCGACCGAGGAGGGCUGGCGGCAUCAUCGCGAGACGGUGGACGCGCACGGGGCCUACCACGUCGUCGACAUCGACCUCAGGCGAGACGGCAGCAUCCAUGUGCACAAAGAGGACGAGAACCCGACGACGGGACAGAGCUCGGUCAAGGACUAUGAGCACAAUGACAACAUGGGGCGGCGCACGUCGGAGGUGUCUGGCGGUGGAGGCGCUUGA